UUGACAAGUAUGAAAAACUUGUAUACAGAAUACCCGGUGUUGGGCCAGGACCAGAAAGUUUGAGAGAUAUACUUGAUGAUAACGGUGUUAUGGAGGUUAUCAGUUGUAUUGAAAAGAAGAAAACUUUAGUUCAGGUUUAUGUAGUUGGGGGUGACAUAUUUGUUGAUGAGGAAGAGCAUAAAUCUUUGAGUGAGGCAUCAAUUGAGAUACCUGCAAAGAAGUUGCAACCAGAGGCACCACUAGCUGCUGAAAGUCAACAAGUUGAGACAUCAAAUGAUUGUGACCCUGCAAGCCAAAAAGCUACUGCACCACUUGAGGUUGAUCCUUCAAACCAGAGAGCUGAUGCACCAGUUGAGGGUGAUCCUGCAAGCCAGAAAGCUAAUUCACCAGUUGAGGAUGAUCCUACAAGCCAGAAAGCUGAUGCACCAAUUGAGGAUGAUACUGAAAUCGAGAUGCAAGAAAUUAAUGAUAUAAUAGAUAAUUACACUGAGAUUGAAGCUUAUGAUGGUGGUGCAGUAUCUGAUUCUGAAGAUGAAGAUUAUUUUCCAACUGGGAUGAGUUCAUCAGAUGAUGACCUAUCUGAAGAUCACUUUUCUGAUGAUGAUGAAUAUGUUCAAGCCAGAAAGAACAUACAGGAGUCUAAGAAGAAAGCACAAGAUUUUGAUGAUUGUGUACCAAAUGCACAACCAAUGGCUAAGGUUUUUGAAGAUGAUGAAGUUUUACAAAAUGCACUAAUCUCUGAUGAGUCAAAUAGUGAGAGAGAAGUGGACUUAGAUGGAAAUUGUGUUCAAAGGAAGACAAGGUUGGUAUAUGAUCCCAAGUGUGAUCAUAAUUCACUUGAAUUUCAGCUUGGCAUGAGGUUUGAAAGCAUUGGGCAGUGCAAGAGAGCUGUUAGAAAAGUGGCAAUUGUGCAAGGUAGAGAUGUACAAAAUAUGAUGUGUAACAAAAGGCAAUUGGAAGUUAGAUGUCAGGAUGGCUGCCCUUGGAGACUUUAUGCCAGUGUGAUUGAAACAGAAGGCAGUGUGGCUAUUAAACAUAUACAUAAAAAACAUGUCUGCCAUAGAAAUGUGCAAACUAGACAACUCACUGCUCAGUGGAUUGCAGAAGAGUUUGGUGAAAAGUUCAGAAGGAAUCCAAGCAUGUCAAUUUCACAAUUGGAUGAAGCCAUUUCUGACAAGUAUGCAGUGCAACCUACAAAGUGGAAACUUUAUAGAGCAAAGUGGAAAGCCCUUGAAUUGCUAAGAGGGUCUGUCAUGGAUCAUUACUCUCAUCUCAAAAGUUAUAUGGCUGAGCUAAUGAGAGUGGAUAGAGAGGGGAAGUUUGAGUUCUUACUUGGGGAAAGUACUACAUUCAGAGGCUUCUAUGUGGGUUUUAGUGCUCUAAGAAAGGGCUUUUUGAAUGGCUUCAGACCUAUACUUGGAUUUGAUGGAUGUUUUUUAAAAAUAUUCUUAGGAGGAGCUUUGUUAUGUGCCAUUGCCAAAGAUGGUAACAAUCAAAUCUAUCCAGUGGCUUGGGCUGUGGUUGAGGCUGAAAAUGAAGAGUGUUGGAAGUGGUUCCUCUCAAGGUUGUUUGCAGAUUUGGGUAUAAGAGAUGGGUUAGGAUAUACUUUCAUUCCAGACCAACAAAAG